AUGCCCUCUAUCCAGGUCGACAUCGCAGAGGUCAAGAACCUCGUCGACAAGCUCAAGACCAAGCUUUCGCAGCGCUACAUCGAGCCCGACGCCAAGUUCGGGGGCGGCACGAACUCCAGGCUAAUGAAGUUUCUGGAAAAGCAUUCGAAGGACCGCACCAUGCAGCUGACUGGGCUGAAUGCGGACGGCGAAAAGGUGAUCGAGGCCGUUGAGCUGCACGAAGAGAAGAUUGGCACUGAAGGCGGCUCUGAUCUGAAUGCCUGCUAUGACCUUGGAAAGAGGUUUGCGCAGGCGCUCAUCAAGAGCCUCUCAGACAGGAUGGCGGAUCUCCGCCACUUUGAUGGUGUGCAAUUUUUCCGUCCUCGCAAUUAUCCCUAUCGGCUGUGUGAGCAGGACAUGUGGUUCUCCUCCAACAUGGAUCAGCUGCUGGAAAUGUUCAGCCAUCAACUUCCAGGCAUCACAGCAGAGAACAUCGAGCCCGAGAUCAGGCUCUUCACCGUCACCCUCGAGAAGAAGUUCAAGGACCAGAACUACGACGUGGACUGGGCAGGUGUGUACCAGAUCUUCGACGGGGAGAAGCUCCGCAAGCCUGCCACUUAG